AUGAAGGCCUCUAAUAUCAACAAAUCUGGAAUGUUCAGAAUUCGAGCAUUCAACCGAAAGCAUACAUGUCCUUUAAAAGAUAGAGUUUAUUCGCAAAGACAUGUAACUAGCAAUUUAAUAGGAGGGAUUGUGAAACCUAAAUUUGUAGAUCAUAAACGUAAAUAUACACCAGCUGAUAUAAGAAAAGAUGUUAAGAUUGAUCUAGGAGUUGAUGUUAACUAUAUGUUGGCUUGGAGGGCCAGGGAGAAAGCAUUGAAAUCUUUGAGGGGUACACCAGCUGCAUCAUAUGCAAAGUUACCUGCGUAUUUGUAUAUGAUGGAUAUCACUUACCCGGGGUCUCAUAUACGUAUGAAAAAGAGUAUGAAUAAUGAGUUCUUGUAUCUAUUUGUUGCAUUGAAUACAUUUAUCCAAGGAUUCAAUCAUUGUAGACCAGUAGUCGUGGUGGAUGGUAGUCAUCUGAGAGGUCCAUAUAAUGGGACAUUUGUUGCAGCAAGCACGACAGAUGGCGCUGUGUCUGAUAGAAAUGAGAGCAUUAUAAAGGCUGUUACAAAUGUAUACAGUAAUGUCCCACACUAUGCUUGUAUGUGGCAUUUAUGGAAUAACGUUCAGAAAAAGUUUAGAAAAUCUCAUGAGAAGUUAUCUGGUGUAUUCUAUACAAUGGCAAAAGCUUGCACAAAGAAUGAAUUUGAUAUGUUAAUGGAUACUGUAGAAAAAGAAGAUAUAAGAGUGAAAGAGUAUUUGGAUUUAGCUGGAUAUGAAAAAUGGGCUCUUUGUUAUGCACAAGUACAUAGAGGAUGGCACAUGACAUCAAAUAUUGCUGAGAGUAUAAAUGCAGCACUUGUUUCAGCUAGAGAAUUGCCUAUUUUUGAAUUUCUCGAAGAGGUAAGGCUAUUAUUUGGAAGGUGGAAUCAUGACUACAAGAAGGAGGCAACCUGCACAUUCACAUCAUUGAUUGGAAAAUACCAUGACAUACUAACAGACAAUGAAGCAUUGAGCACAAGAAUGACGGUUGUACCGUCAACGGAAUAUGUGCACAAUGUUAAUGAUGAUGGGAGAUAUUUUGUAGUCUGUCUAAAAGAAAAAACUUGCACCUGUGGAAGAUUUCAGUACGAGGAAAUACCUUGUGAACAUGCUUGGGCGGUAUUGAAAUGGAAGAGUCUACCACCAGAUGAAUAUUGCUCGGAUUUAUACAAACCAAAGACAAUGUUGAAGACAUAUAAUAUGCCUAUACAUCCUUUACCGGAUGUAAAGGCAUGGUUGAUUCCGAAUAGCGUUAUUGCUGAUGACGUAUUACCUCCAAAAUUUAAAAGACCUCCUGGCAGGCCAAAGGGUAAGCCUCGGAAAAAAACAGCAAGAGAGUUAUCGAGGAUUAAGGGGAAAAAUACAUGUAGCACAUGUGGAAUGGCAGGUCACAAUAGGCGUUCAUGUAGAAAUAAGCCAAAAGAUAUUUAAGGCUGAUUGUUUUUUCCUAAUUAAAUUUGAUUUGAAACUA